CGAAGUCCGCCGGUCAUGGCGGGUGGCUGCGGCCGGUGGCGGGCGGCGCUGUGCGCGGCGGCUACGGGGCUUUGCGCGGCGCUGCUGGCGCUGACGGCAGCGGUGCUGAUCCGCACCUACGCGCUGCGAUCCCCGGCCAUCCCGCGGCUGUGGGCACGGCGCGGGGGAACGGCCGCUUUCAGUAUCGGAGAGAGGUUGGAAAUGAAGGAAACGCUGCGAGGUGCUGUGAAAAUCCCGACUGUUUCCGUAUCUCCGGAGGACUUAAAUGCAACUGCCAUGGCAGAAUUUGGGGAUUACAUUCAGAAAGUCUUCCCAGCUGUGUUUUCUUCCAAGUUCAUUCAGCAUGAAAUCGUUGGGGAGUACAGCCACCUCUUCACAGUUCAGGGUUCUGACUCUCAAUUGAUGCCCUACAUGCUGCUCGCGCACAUGGAUGUUGUGCCUGCUCCCCCUGAGGGCUGGGAUUUCCCUCCCUUCUCAGCUGCAGAGCAUGAAGGUUUCAUCUAUGGACGAGGAACUCUGGACAACAAAAACUCUGCCAUUGGCGUUCUGCAAGCUCUAGAAUUCUUACUGAGAAGAAAUUACAGACCCCGCAGGUCUUUCUAUGUUGGCAUUGGCCAUGAUGAAGAGGUGUUUGGUCGGAAGGGAGCAGUGAAGAUGGCAGCUCUGCUGGAAUCCAGAGGAGUGAAACUCUCCUUCUUGCUGGAUGAGGGAAGCGCUGUCCUGGACGGCAUCAUUGCGGGCGUGAAGAAGCCAGUAGCUCUAAUUGCUGUCACAGAAAAAGGUUCAAUAACACUGAACUUCACCGUGGAAAAAGAGCCAGGGCAUUCAUCCUUCCCUCCAAAAGAGACAAGUAUUGGCAUUCUUGCAACAGCAAUGUCCAGACUGGAGCAGAAUCCCAUGCGCAAUCUGUUUGGCCAUGGUCCGGAACUCCUGACUAUGGAGCACCUUGCAUCAGAGUUCAGUUUUCCUCUCAAUCUCAUUAUGAGCAAUCUCUGGCUGUUUUCACCUAUUGUCAGCAGAGUUCUUGCCUGGAAACCUUCCACUAAUGCCUUGAUUCGAACUACUACAGCAGUCACAAUGUUUAACGCAGGAAUCAAGCUCAAUGUCAUCCCAUCAUCUGCAAGAGCAACUGUGAACUUCCGGAUCCACUCUGCAGAGAAGGCCAUGGAGGUGCUAGAGACAGUUAGAAACACGGUUGCUGAUGACAGAGUGAAGAUUGAUGUUGUAGAGGCCUUUGACCCCCUUCCCAUCAGCCCGUGGGAUGACCAGACCUUUGGAGUCCAUGUUUUUCAAAGAACCAUUCUGGAUACUUUCCCAAAUGUUGACAGUGUCGUCCCAGGCACGUGUAUUGGAAACACAGACAGCAGGCAUUUCACUAACGUCACAGGUGCCAUUUAUCGAUUCAACCCGGUGCUCUUGAAGUCAGAUGAUCUUCCCAGGAUCCAUGGGUUGAAUGAGAGAAUCUCAGUUGAGAGUUAUGAGAAACAGGUCGAGUUUCUCUUUCAGCUCAUUAAGAACUGUGAUGUUGACGAGCUUCCGGAGCCUCACGCAAACUCUCAUGAGCUGUGAGACAAAAACCCAAGAGGAGCAGCUGCUGAGGUGGACUUUGGGAUGGCAGAGCUCUGGGCCAUAAGCAGCAGUUGUGUGUUGCACGUUGAGUGAUGUCUGGAGUUUGGUUGUGCAUACUGUGGUUUACAUACACUGCUGGUCUGCAGCUCCAGGCAAACAUACAGUUUGCUGUUCAGUGAUAAGAAUAGGGACAAAACACAACCACCCAGAUUUCUGUGCAUUCCUGGCCUUACGUGCCAUUAAUCUGAUAUUAUUAAUUUUUUCAGCCUCUUUUUUUUUUCCAGUCUUUAAGCCUCUGAAAUUGGAAGUCGCUUAAAAGUCGAAGCUGCGAUUUGUAGGCAUUCACGCAUCGUUAAAAGAGGCUGAUCUGCCAAUGUCAAAGUUGUCUUUUACAGUUCAUUAGUUUUCACCAAUGAAACAAACGUGCCUGUGAGAAGCUCAGUGAGGAGAACAUGAUGGGGUGGAGGUGGGAUGUUGGAUACAGCUGCACUAAGAGGCUGUUGCACUGCUGGUGAGAUGGGCUCCUUUCCCAGCUGAUCCUUUUAACCAGCAUCAGUGGUGCUCUCAGGUGAUGCCAGGGUGAAUUUGAUGCUGCUGUUUUCUGACUGAUCUCUGAUUGUAGCUUAAAAUGCUGAGCUUUGAGGGGUUUAGCAAUGUUGCUUUAACAUGAGUUGCUCUGAUCUGUGUGGUGCUAGAAACGUUUUUUCCUCUCUUUGCUGUGACUGUUUCUUUAGUGAGGCCCAGGACAUGUUGUGAUGCUGAGUGUCUGAGUAAGGAAACGUGGCUUUGAACAGGUAAACUAAACAGAACUGUCUGAUGAUCCUGUUUCUUUUUUCACUGAAUCUGUUCCUAUAGCAUUCCUCUUUUCUUCCCCAGAGAACUUUGGGAAAGGUGGUGAAGCUCUCCCAUUUCCUCCAGCUCAGAGGGAGCAGAGCUUUCUCUCCACCUUCAUGGCCUGCUCUUCCACUCCUCGCUUUACCUGCUGCUUCUACUGACUCAGCUCUCUGGGAAGUGUAAUGUGCACAGGCCAUUGAUAAUGCCUGUGUUUUUAUUCCUUCUUGCACUAGCACACCUGUCUUUGCUGACACUAAAGGGUUAAGCAUUCUCUUGGCCCCAACAGUCUGUUCAGUUGGAAUUACUGUUAUUUGUUAAAGGAUUCAGAACUGACCAUUAGCCAAAGAAAAGACUGUGUGGAGGCUGUUUUCUUGCACUGACAUGCAGAGUCUGCUAUAGAACCUUCUGCUGUUGCACUGUUGCAGAGAUGUGUGUCUCUCUUUCUGAGUGUGAGUGAUACCCUGGAAUUGAGUGGUUGUUCUGCUCUUAAUUCAUGGUGUAAAAUGUGCUGGGAUGUGCAGGAAAUACCCAGGAAUGUAUCCUGAAAAACAGUGGCACUGUGAUUCCUGACACCCAUUCAGCAUUUUCUGUUGAUUUGCAGACUGAUUUUAUCAGUAUUGCCAAUGGGCUGAACUGUCUCAAGCUAUUAAAUAACUGAAACCAAAUCAGCACUUUCAUCUAAUAAAGCAAUGAGUGCAGAUUA